UUCCAAUACCACUUCCAUUGGUAUGCAACAAACCAAACCUACCUAGUUUAGACUUUGAAGUGGAGCCACUGUAUAAUGUGACCUUCAAGUAUAGUAUACAGUACAAGUUUUUAACAAGUCGUUGUAGCUCUAAUAUACAAGCUAGCUAGCUACAAGCCCUCUGCUGCAACUAGAACAAGCUAGCUAGCUGCUCAACUCCAAAGAAAAGUAGUUAGACCUAUAGCUAGUUACUAAACAGAGUUGAGCUGUGAUCUUCUAUAUAGCAUUAAGCUAACAGUUCGAGUCUGUUGAGUACGUUUACAUGAUCAGUUGGGAAUUAUCAAGCAACAGAAUGAAUUCCAGCACUGAUUGGGUGCCUUCACAUGUUCAAAUCACCAUAAAUCAAGGAAGAGAGCUCCUGCUAAAGAGUAAAAGUGCAUCCAGUGAGCUCUACGUGACUGUGUGUACUGAGAAGGAGAAGAUUGUCACCAGUUCCGUUCCAAAAUCAACAGAACCGGAAUGGAAUUUUAUCAGUGAAAUCCCUCUCAUGUCCUUGGACACAACCCUGCACAUUGCAGUGAGACAGAAGGGUCGAUUAUCAGACGAACUCAUCGGCUAUAUUGCUAUACCCCUAAGCGGCUUUCAGCUCACCUCUAAACUAGUCACACACUGGUACAAACUAGGCUCCAGACCGGGCAAGCAAAAUCUCAAGCUACGUGGAGACUUGAAAGUAUCAAUUCAACUGCAGUUCAAGUGGAUUCAAUUUUCAGACACAUUUGCAGCAGAGCCCACUUCUUCGAGAAAAGUUUACCCUGUACCUACCAAAGCUAUGUUGAAGAGGACAAAAUCAGACCUGAAGAAUCAAGACAGAAGUUCCAGCUGGCCUAACGAAGGACAACAGAACGAGAAGAGUAAUAACAAAGCACCCAAAGUUAAAGAAAAGAUGUCUGUAUUUCGCCGCUCCUUUCGAAAGAAGAACCGCUCUCCAGCUCUUCAAGAUUGCGAUGAGGAAUUUACAUCAUUCUCGAGCUCUCCACCCGUCCAACAUCGAGCAUGUUCUAAUACAAUAGACGUCGGCUCACUAAAUCCGGAAAUAUCGAAAAGGCCCUCUGGUACUAGUAUAUCUGACAUUUCAUCAUCUGAGUCGGAGAGUAGUUCAUCGUUGAAGUCGAACAGGGCGUUGGCAGAUGCUCUGGAGGAGGAGGAGACACACGAGGUGGAAGGGGACAAUGUCAAGAGGUCUCCGGCUGCCCGCUAUUACAGUUUCCGAACAAAAAAGAAGCGUUGGUCGAUGCACACCCUCCCUAUCCCUACACCCUCACCCGCCCACACUCCCACAGACCGCACUCCCACACUAGGCGAAGACACAUACAUUGCCAAAAGCAAUAGCAUCGCUCACAGCCCAAAGUUCCUACGAAGCAGAACGCAAUCACUGUGUGUAGAUGACAACUCUGUGUUGAUGAGUGAAAUGUCGUAUGAGUCAGCUGGGGAAGUGAACACUACUGGAAAAUCACCUGAAGUUAAGAGAAAGCAAGACCCUGAAAGUGGCUACAACACUUCCUCCUCAGUACACAAGAUAAAGCAUUUGGCUAUAGGCGUUGAUGACACUACAGAGGCAACAAAGGCUGAAAAGAGGACUUCCCAGGAUUCUCCACCUGGAAGUACGAUAUCGAUUUCGAAGCUUAGCUCUCAGCAAAGCAGUCGAACAGUUAGUCCUACGUCAAGAACACAACCGCCUUCUGCAAAAGGAUCGAUUAGUCCCUCCAUCUCUUUCAGACAGAAGCCAAAAACAUUGAGUACAAGUAAUGGCGUCAAGCGACAGCCUAAACCAAGGGCCCCUUCUACCAGUACCCCUAAUACAAGACCCUCCACAACGGCGGCCACACCUACAAGAUCUCCUGCAGUGUCGAGGACCCCCAGUGGUAGUAGGCUGAACGGAGCAAGGCCACUCAGUAGAGGAACUCGUUCGGUUAGUAUGAGAGAAAAGGCUCCGGUUAGAAGGAGGCCUAAAAGUGUUGUUAUCGAGAGUAGUAACAACGAAAGGAGAGUGAAAGAAAAUAUUGUUUGUGAUGAAAGGAGUCCGUCAAACGAAGCGGAGAAGCUUGAUGAGUUGCAACCAGCUACAUAUAUCAGUGACGAGAGACAACAUGAAGACAAGACGGAAAAUGAAACAAAUAAUCGAUUGCCUGAAAGUGAACAUUUAUCGGAUGAAACAACUGAAUGUGUACAGCCUUCAUUAGUAUCAGCUGUCAAAAAUAUGUCUGAGUUUGAAUCUGAAACAGUAACCCUACGAACGAAAUCUGUGAAAACUGUCAAUCCCGAAGAACCAAAUGAUCCUGACCAGGAGUACUCCUCUGAAAUGUCGCUGAGUCUAGAGAGAGAUACAUCCUCCUCUGUGAUCCUGGAUGGCAAGAAACCUAAGCACACUGUGGCCUACAGCAAGGCCUCACCACUCUUCAAAAAUGGUUUCCACCCAGUGUCACUCUUACCUCCGUCCCUAAUGGACUACUCGUCCCAAACCUUGCCUUCGCGAAGCAAGCUAGCAAAACAACUCUCUGACAGCAACUUCACUUCCUCCCAUAACCCGAGACCCUCAACCUUAUCUAGCAGCCAAGAAGCACUUGCACUCAAUAGAAGAGGUGUAACACUAAGACAGCCUAGUCGAACUUCUGCAGACAAUUCUGUGAUGCAUCGCAGAUCAAUGAACAUUGCUUUACUUGCCUCUUACAAUCCAGACAUUCUCAAUUCAAUCCCGCAAUCUCCACCGAGAGACAUCAACUCAAUGGAAGACUUGUACAGAGAAGGAUCCGUUUCUAGAAUCAGCACAACUUCAACCAUUAGCCAAGACUCAGAUAGAUCAUCAACUCCUAGUACACCGAAUUUGUAUGGUGGAAAGUCACCUGGCGAAAUUGUAUCCAGUGCAUUUAAAAGUCGUAAACCAUCUGGGGGACUGAGACAAGCUAUCAACAUGUACCAAGAUAGUCGCAAACAGAAGAAAAACAAUCAAAGAAUCCCUCAAAAAGGACUCAGAGUGGAGGAGGAAUGUUUGGAUAGAUCCACAUCAAGUACUGAGAGUAGUCCGCAGGUUAAACGAAAUCGAUCAGCUGCCUCGGCUUUCUCGAAUGUUAUUCACAAUCCUUUCAGCUCUCUGAGGAGAACAAAAUCUCUUCUCAAUCCUGCGUCUAAACCAUCGAUUACUUGCAUUGACACAACAGACUCAGGAUCUGUAGACGACCUGCAACCACCUUCAUUGAAAGUUCCUUCCAAUUCCUUAGUUAGUAUCGACAGUGCAAAAGAAAAGACACCAGAAGAAAAUUCGUCUGAAGAAAAUAAAGGUAAAACACUGCCUGAAGAAAGCAACAUAAUUAAAUCACCCACCCGUGAAUUAAAAGAAGACACGCCCACUUUAACAGACACUUCCUCAAUUAAAACUCUAACGGGAGCCGAGUGUAACCAUCUGUCAGUGAGACGGACCUCCUCCCCCAAUCCUGCGGGUGCAGUCAGCAGUAACCACAUUCGUCACACCACAUGCAGCUCUAUUGGCAGCGAGGGCAUAGGAUCCUUCACUAGCGAGGAAGUGAGUCUGGAUGACCUCAUGCAUCACGACUGCUCACACUGGAGCAAGGAGGAACUUGUAAAGGAGCUUAUUCACAGCAAACAAAGAUCGAAGAAUGCAGAAGAUGAAUUGAAAGAUGUAAAGAACUAUCUCGAUAACUUAUUACUCAGAAUAAUGGAGACUAAUCCAGCUCUAUUGAGUACAGUGUCUAGUGUAUAGCACCCCUGCAUGUUUCAUAAUGUUUACAGUGCAGUUUUGUUGUGUGUACACUGCAUGUUUUUCAUCAGCACAAUACCCAUGUAUUUAUUAUUAUCAACAAAGAAGUUUAUACUGUA